AUGACUAUGACUCUUGACAAUCAAUCACGACUCGGGGCCCUCAACUUCGAACACAUGUCUUCCUACUCCAACCCUCCGCAUUUCACCAACCCCUGGGCCGCGGGCUCAUCUAGCCAACACCAUGGCAGCCACGGCAUGUACUCGCAAGGGCUCAAUGCCAACUUGGGUGGCCUCGACUCUAUGGCCAAGCAGCACGCCGCCAGGACAGGCACCAGUGGUGCCUCAAUGGCACCAUAUGGCAGCAUCCCGGUGACGGCAUCUUCAGCAGGUAGCACUCUCAUGGCGGACCUCUAUGGACAGCAGGACUUACUCAAUAUGCCGCAAGAUCUUUUAAAUUUAAACCGAAUGCAAACAACGUCAGCUGGAUACGGAGAGCCCGCGUACGCGACGGCGACGGCGGCCUCUCCGGUAAACGCGACGUACUCGGCGUCACCGAGUUCCUAUGAUAGCGUAUCCGGGUACGCGCCGGCACCAAUGCGCUCAACGUUCGCUCUCGCGCCAGAAGCCGACAACCGAAGGUAUUCCCAAUCGUCAAUUUCUUCACUGCCGAUGGUCGAUCAUGGCUCAGACGCAUCUCGCUCUCACCGGAAUUCGUUGGUUGACUUGCAUCACAGAGGUAUUCAGAAUGAUGAUCGGAGGAGCUUUGCGGACGCUCUCGACGCUGGUCAAGGUAUGCUCGCGAUGAGCCAAGAGACCCCUAGGGCGAUAUACCCUCCCGGAAACCGAGGUAGGGGCUCCGCCGACUCGUAUGGUUUCCCUUCGACACAUUCGACGAAUUCAUCUAUUUCCUCGGCGAGUAAUUAUGGUAGUGGAUAUUAUGCGGGGUCGGUCGAUUCGUCCGUGAGCGAUUACUCGACGGCGGGCUCUGAUAUUGAGUCGGUCACCUCCCGGACGUUGCCUCGACCGAAUUUAAUGACGCAGCCUCCCCCUGCUCCUCAAUCAAUGAUGGGACAGUUCAGCUCAAAGGUUUCAUCGAGUACGCAAAAGAAGCACAAGUGCAAAGUCUGCGAUAAGCGAUUUACCCGACCAAGCUCACUUCAGACGCACAUGUAUAGCCAUACGGGCGAAAAGCCAUUCUGUUGCGAAGUUGAAGGUUGUGGGAGACAUUUUUCCGUUGUAUCAAAUCUGCGUCGACACCGAAAGGUACAUAAAAACGAUGCCAAGUCCGAUGCUGGAUCGGAAGAUCACCACGACGAUCACUCCGACUAA